UUCCGCGCGGGACGCGCACCCCAACUCCGAUCCCCGCGCCCCGCCCGGCCCCGCGCGCGCCAUGGGGCCCGGGCCGCGCUGAGCGCCAUGGAGCUGGCGGCCUGGUGCCGCUGCGGGCUCCUCCUCGCCCUGCUGCCCGCCGCUGCCGCGGGCACCCAAGUGUGCACAGGCACCGACAUGAAGCUGCAGCUGCCCACCAGCCCCGAGACCCACCUGGAGAUGCUCCGCUACCUCUACCAGGGCUGCCAGGUGGUGCAGGGGAACCUGGAGCUCACCUACCUGCCUGCCGAUGCCAGCCUGUCCUUCCUGCAGGACAUUCAGGAGGUGCAGGGCUACCUGCUUAUCGCACACAACCAAGUGAGGCAGAUCCCACUGCAGAGGCUGCGGAUUGUGCGGGGCACCCAGCUCUUCGAGGACAGCUACGCCUUGGCUGUGCUGGACAACAGGGACCCUGUGGACAGCACCACCCUGGCCCCGGGGGCUGCCCCAGGAGGACUUCGGGAGCUGCAGCUCCGGAGUCUCACAGAGAUCCUGAAGGGAGGCGUCCUGAUCCAGCGGAACCCCCAGCUCUGCCACCAGGACACCGUUCUGUGGAGGGACAUCUUCCAUAAGAACAGCCGUCUGGCCCCCGUGCAGGUGGACACCAACCGCUCGCGGGCCUGCCCACCCUGCUCCCCAGCCUGCAGAGCCCCCUACUGCUGGGGGGGAAGCACCCAGGACUGUCAGAGCCUGACGCGCACGGUGUGUGCUAGUGGCUGUGCCCGCUGCAAGGGCCCGCAGCCCACCGACUGCUGUCACGAGCAGUGUGCCGCAGGCUGCACGGGCCCCAAGCACUCCGACUGCCUGGCCUGCCUGCACUUCAACCACAGUGGCAUUUGUGAGCUGCACUGCCCGGCCCUGGUCACCUACAACACGGACACCUUUGAGUCCGUGCCCAACCCCGAGGGCCGCUACACCUUCGGCGCCAGCUGUGUGACCACCUGUCCCUACAACUACCUCUCCACGGACGUGGGCUCCUGCACCCUGGUCUGUCCGCUGAACAACCAGGAGGUGACAGCAGAGGAUGGAACCCAGCGCUGUGAGAAGUGCAGCAAGCCGUGCGCCCGAGUGUGCUACGGGCUGGGCAUGGAGCACCUUCGGGCUAGCAGGGCCGUCACCAGCGCCAACAUCCAGGAGUUCGCCGGCUGCAAGAAGAUCUUCGGGAGCCUGGCGUUCUUGCCCGAGAGCUUUGAGGGGGACCCCGCCUCCAACACAGCGCCCCUGCAGCCCACGCAGCUCAGCGUGUUCGAGACCCUGGAGGAGAUCACAGGUUACCUGUACAUCUCCGCAUGGCCAGAAACCAUGCAGGACCUAGGUGUCUUCCAGAAUCUGCGAGUCAUCCGGGGGCGCAUUCUGCACAACGGUGCCUACUCGCUCACCCUACAAGGGCUGGGCAUCCGCUGGCUGGGGCUGCGCUCGCUGAGGGAGCUGGGCAGCGGGCUGGCCCUGGUCCACCACAAUCCCCGCCUGUGUUUCGUGCACACGGUGCCCUGGGACCAGCUCUUCCGGAACCCGCACCAGGGCCUGCUCCACAGUGGCAACCGGCCAGAAGCUGAGUGCGCUGCGGAGGACCUGGCCUGCAACUCGCUGUGUGCCCACGGGCACUGCUGGGGGCCGGGCCCCACCCAGUGUGUCAACUGCAGCCACUUCCUCCGGGGCCAGGAGUGUGUGGAGCAGUGCCACAUCCUGCAGGGGCUGCCCCGGGAGUAUGUGAGCGACAGGCAUUGCCUGCGGUGCCACCCUGAGUGCCAGCCCCAGAAUGCCUCCGUGACCUGCUUUGGAUUGGAGGCCGACCAGUGCGUAGCCUGUGCCCACUACAAGGACCCUCCUCUGUGUGUGGCCCGCUGCCCCAGUGGCGUGAAGCCCGACCUCUCCUACAUGCCCAUCUGGAAGUUCCCGGAUGAGGAGGGCACGUGCCAGCUGUGCCCAAUCAACUGCACGCACUCCUGCGUGGACCUGGAUGACAGGGGCUGCCCGGCGGAGCAGAGAGCCAGCCCUGUGACGUCCAUCAUCGCGGCCGUGGUGGGCGUCCUGCUCUUCGUGGUCAUGUGUGUGGUCAUCGGCAUCGUCCUCAAGCGGAGGCGGCAGAAGAUCCGGAAGUACACCAUGCGGAGGCUGCUGCAGGAGACCGAGCUGGUGGAGCCGCUCACGCCCAGCGGGGCCAUGCCCAACCAGGCACAGAUGAGGAUCCUGAAGGAGACGGAGCUGAGGAAGGUGAAGGUGCUUGGAUCCGGAGCUUUCGGCACCGUCUACAAGGGCAUCUGGAUCCCCGAUGGGGAGAACGUGAAGAUCCCUGUGGCUAUCAAAGUGUUGCGGGAAAACACAUCCCCCAAGGCCAACAAGGAAAUCUUGGACGAAGCCUACGUGAUGGCUGGCGUGGGCUCCCCGUACGUGUCCCGCCUCCUUGGCAUCUGCCUGACGUCCACCGUGCAGCUGGUGACGCAGCUCAUGCCCUACGGCUGCCUCCUGGACCACGUCCGCGAGCACCGCGGGCGCCUGGGCUCCCAGGACCUGCUCAACUGGUGCGUGCAGAUCGCCAAGGGCAUGAGCUACCUGGAGGACGUGCGCUUGGUGCACAGGGACCUGGCUGCCCGCAAUGUGUUGGUCAAGAGCCCCAAUCACGUGAAGAUCACAGACUUCGGGCUGGCGCGGCUGCUGGACAUCGAUGAGACGGAGUACCACGCGGACGGGGGCAAGGUCCCUAUCAAGUGGAUGGCGCUGGAGUCCAUCCUGCGCCGUCGGUUCACCCACCAGAGCGACGUGUGGAGCUACGGGGUGACCGUGUGGGAGCUGAUGACUUUUGGGGCCAAACCCUAUGACGGGAUACCAGCCCGAGAGAUCCCCGACCUGCUGGAGAAGGGGGAGCGGCUGCCCCAGCCCCCGAUCUGCACCAUCGACGUCUACAUGAUCAUGGUCAAAUGUUGGAUGAUCGACUCCGAGUGUCGGCCGCGAUUCCGGGAGCUGGUGGCCGAAUUCUCCCGGAUGGCCCGGGACCCCCAGCGUUUUGUGGUCAUCCAGAAUGAGGACCUGGGCUCUGCCAGCCCGCUGGACAGCACCUUCUACCGCUCGCUGCUGGAGGAUGAUGACAUGGGGGACCUGGUGGACGCUGAGGAGUACCUGGUGCCCCAGCAGGGCUUCUUCUGCCCGGACCCCGCCCCGGGGACCACAGGCACAGCCCACCGCAGGCACCGCAGCUCCUCCACCCGGAGUGGUGGUGGGGAGCUGACGCUGCGGCUGGAGCCCCCCGAAGAGGAGCCCCCCCGGUCCCCGCUGGCCUCCUCAGAAGGGGCCGGUUCCGAUGUGUUUGAGGGCGACCCCGGAAUGGGGACAGCCAGGGGGCUCCAGAGCCUCCCCUCACACGACCCCAGCCCCCUGCAGCGGUACAGCGAGGACCCCACGGUCCCCCUGGCCCCAGAGACUGACGGCUACGUCACCCCACUGACCUGCAGCCCCCAGCCUGAAUAUGUCAACCAGCCAGAGCUCCAGCUGAAACCCCCCUUGCCCUUAGAGGGUCCUCUGUCCCCUGUACCACCUGCUGGUGCCACUCUGGAAAGGCCCAAAACUCUCUCCUCUGGGAAGAAUGGGGUUGUCAAGGACGUUUUUGCCUUUGGGGGUGCUGUGGAGAACCCUGAGUACUUGGCACCCCGAGGAAGUGCCCAGCCCCACCCUCCGCCCACCUUUAGCCCGGCCUUUGACAACCUCUAUUACUGGGACCAGGACCCACCAGAGCAGGGGUCUCCCCCUGGCACCUUUGAAGGGACUCCUACGGCAGAGAACCCUGAGUACCUGGGUCUAGACGUGCCCGUGUGAGCCAGCCAGGAGGCUUGCGUGCCAGGAAACACACUAAGGAACUUCGCUUCUGCUUGGAUUCCCAGGCAGCUGAGCAGGGUGCCCCAGCCUGGCCGUGGGAGGGACGGCACCAGACAUCUCUGGAUUUGGAGCCCUACCCACUGGACCCAGGGGGCUGGUGGCCACCACAGCUGGAGCGUCCUCACCUGAGGCUGCAGCCCUACCCAGCCCUCUUCAGAUCCAUGGUACUGAACUGAGAAGCUGAGCCAAGGAAAGAAGAGGCCCCAUGGGAGUGGCUGAGAACAAGGGUGGCCGCUGGGAGCCUGUCCCUGAGACCCGGCGCCACCCGGAGGAACGGCACCACACCCACGCCCAGACCAAUCCCUGUACAGAGUGCUUUUUUGUUUUGUUUUUACUUGGUUUUUUAAAAGAUGACAUAAGGACUCCGA